AGCUACCUAGCUGCCCCAAACAUAAUUCUUUAAAAUGAUGGUAGCUUCUUUUUCUUAUACAUGCUUCCCUUGUGCUCUCUUUAGGUGAACUAUUGGCCAUUUAUGAGACUGCAAUUUUCAUGAUAAAAUGGAGGUGAUACAAUCACAAUCCACAGAUAUAAAACCGAAUGAUGAUGAAAGGACACAUACCGAAAUUUCUCCUAUUCUUUUGGCCAGCCUUGUAGAAGAGCCAAAGAAAAGAAAGGAAGUACCUAAUCAUCUGCUGGAAUCAAAGAUUUUUUCAAAGCUUGAGCAAAAUAAAGUUGUAAAAGCAGAACCUGGAAUAAUACAUUUUGGAAGCUAUAAAAUUGGAGAACACCACCAACAGAUUCUGAAUCUGAUCAAUGUUUCUGGUGAUGUCAUAAAUCUUCAUAUUUUACCCCCCCAAACAAAGUAUUUUGCAAUCAAGUACACUAAAAAACAUCGAAUUGUUCCUGGCUUAUCCCUUAAAGUGAUGGUUGAAUUUUCUCCAGAUGAAUGGCGUUAUUAUUAUGAUUGUAUCCGUAUUCACUGUCAGGGAGACGAAAAUUUACUUAUUCCCCUCCAUGCCUAUCCAGUCCUAAACACUUUGGAAUUUCCCUCAUUUAUAAAUCUACCAGAUAUUCCACUUGGAGAAAGUGAAGAUUAUGUUAUUCCUUUGCAGUGCAGCUGCCCAAUAGAUUUUGAGUUUCAUAUAAUUGUGCUUCAGCCUGAUGAAUCCUUUGUUGUUCAUCCAACGUCAGGAAUAAUUCCAUCCAAUGGGAAAGUGAAUCUGACUGUUACAUUUGCACCAUUUAGAUAUGGAACUGCACGAAUAAAAUUGCAGCUAUGGAUUUCUCAGUUCAAUGCUACGCCUUAUGUAUGUACAUUCACUGGAACAUCAUCUCCACAAAUGGCUUUGAGUUUAGAAGAUUUUCAGAAACUUAAUAAACUCUCGAAGAAAAUUAAAAUUUCUCCUGAAAAGAUAUACAAAUUAGAAUCUAAGAAAACACAACCUAAAAAGACCAAAUAUGUAAACAUCUUAAAGAAAAUUGAAUACCGAGACUUGAGAUUUCCAACAGAUUUAGCCUCUCCUUUUGCUGUGGCAACUAUUUUAAAUCAAGAAGCAGGAAAAUUGAAGCAUAAAGAAUUAAGAGAAGUUUUGUACAAUAAAGAUGAGUUCUACAAAACGAAGCAAAUGAAAGAAGCUCUGUUUUUAAAUAAGGUCAGAUGGGACACCAUUGAAGAAGCAGAUAACUACCUUAAAUGGCAAGUGCGCCUUGGUAAAGAUCCAAUAUCUUCUGAAUAUAAAGAAGCUUUUCAAGAAGAAACAAGGAGAUGUUGGCAGGUUUACCAGGUAACAAGAGGAGACCCAGUUUUGGAAGAGGAAUUUGAACGACGUACUUCAGAAGUUGAUCAUUCACGAAUCUACCGAAAACUAGAAGAGAAAAAGCAAGAUUUUUCUCCUAAAUUUGAUGUUCUUGUUAACAAUCUUUGGCUGAAGAAAUACAGAAGGCAGAAAAGAUUUCAACAAGCAGCCCGAAAGGUCCUGAUUCGAGAGAGACUAUGUAAAAUAUUAAAUGCUCUUCAUAAAGUAGACAGGCAAAUGAUAUUGAGAAAAUUUGAAGCGGAAAGAAAAACAGCAUAUGAGUUCAGAACCAAAACUGUCUGUCCACUUGCUUUAAGUCAAGAUGAAGCUGCCAUGCGUUUUAAUUUGCACCCAGAACACGUCUUACUUUUUCAAUUUCCUUCACACUCUUUGGAAGCGAAAUCUGAUGAAUUGGCUCCUGAUGGCCUUGGACUGGUGCCCAUUAAGCCAACAGAGGUUCAGAUAAAACAAUGUCACCAUUUUCUGAACUUGCAGGUUCCCCAACUUUACAAUAUCAAGAGGUACAAACCAUAUUGUAUCCAGACUUGCUCAUCAAGUUAUAAAUCUCAGAAACUUGCUCGACCCCUUAAACAAGGAGCUAUGGAAGAGAUAAUACUUGUGGAGCCAUCACAACGAUCUGAAAACAGCCACUUACCAUCCCAUAGAAAGUUUUCACUGUUGGACCUCAGCCCUCCUGAAGCUAUGCUCAAGCCUCCAUUCUAUCAUCCACUUUGUAUUUUUAAUCCAAACCCAGGACUAUUUCGUAUGAAACACAAGAUGUCCUAUGCAGAAGUAACAACUGAUUAUCAUCUGUGUACACAUCCAAAAUAUGUAUUCACCAAAGAAUGUCAUAGAGGAUCCAGUAUUCCCAUGACACAAAAGAAAUUUCUAAAUCGAAAGGACAUUAUUCCUGGAAUCAUGAGCUGGAAAAAGUUCACUCCAGCAGUUCUUUCAGUUUUGAAUGAUACUUCCAAUUUGACAUCAAAUUGUUGCCACGACCCCUACAAUGAAGAUAUACUGCCAACUGAUGUGCCUGCAAUUCUCAAUGAAUUAAGAGAAGAAGACAGGGCGGAAAUCAUUGAGCAGGAGCCUGGUGAUCAGCCCCCUGAAUAUGUAUUGACCCCAGAAAUGCUCAGAGCUGAGUUUGUUAUACUAGAAGAAAAAGUCAUAAGAGAAGACAAAGACCAAGCACAUACUGAAAAAAUUGGAGAAAAGGUAUUUCAGAACGUCCAAAAUAUGCAGUCAAAAUCAAACAAUAGAAACCUGCUUCUGGAAUAA